AGUUUUCCUCUUCCUGACCCAAUGGCUAAAACUGUCUUUCAGCUCCUAUCUCUAACUUUCCAAUCUGCGUCCAAGCUAAUAGCUGAUGGAAUUAAGAACUCUGCUGGAUCGCAUCCAACAUUUCGAUCAGGAAUCAUAUUACUUGCUGAGAAACACAACAACUUAAUUGCAAAUAUGCAAAAGAUGCUCAUCGAUGAAAGCAAAAUUGACAUCAAAUUCGAAAAAUUAGACGAGGAGAAAGCAAUUAGCGUCGCAUCCAGCUUACUUGCCGAGUCUUUCAUUAUCUGGGCUGGGCUUACCUUGUGGUGGCUCCAAACCACCUAUGCAUCCAAAGAUGUAAUGGAGAAGUUGACGGUUUUGAAGGAGGGACUUCUAGAAGAUCUUGAUGGCAUGGAGGAAAGGGUGGAGACAUUGGAGCAUGAUGUCUUCAAAACCUAUGCGCAACUAAAAGUCACACAAAUGCUCAAUGGCAUUCCUUUUGAGAAGAAAGGCAACCAGCAGCUCCUUGCUCUAAAAAGGAUAAAAGAGGAGAAGUUGAAGCUUGGUGCACCAACACAAAUGCUCAAUGGCAUUCCUUUUGAGAAGAAAGUCAACCAACAGCUCCUUGCUCUAAAAAGAAUAAAAGAGGGGAAUGUUGAAGCUUGGUGCACCAACGGUGACUCCUUACUCUAAAGGAGAUAAAAGAGGGGAAGUUGAAGCUUGAUGCACCUUUCUUGCAUUUUACAUCUUAAGAAUUUACUUUUCAAUAAUAGUUUGCCAAGUAUAGUUUGAACAGUCUACAAGCAAUAUAAAGACUCUAAGUGAGAUUACGGAUUUUACACGCAUGUUUGAAAUAUAUGAGCAAUCUAAAGAAAUAAGUGGGAUUAUGAGUUUUACAUGUAUGUUUGAAGUAUAUGAGCAAUAUAAAGAGAUCUUGUUC